CUCAACCUCGGAUUAAGUCUGUGCACGAUUGUACAUCAUAUUUUCUGCCAUUUAAAUCUUUACACACACACACACACACAAAGAGUCGUGGGUCAGGUGAGGAAAUGGGUGGAGUUUUCUCAGCUCCUCUCAUUUGCAAUGGAGAUUUUUUUGUUUGCACAUAUCCGCUCUCGGCCUGACUUUUCUUUGAGGAUGGUUCUGCUUUAUUCAAGCUGGGUCGUAAAUCCGAGCCGGACCCACGCAGUAGCGCCGAGCAGCACAGUGCAGCUGGGCCGUUUCCUACCCGAUUCUGAUGCUGAUUGGCCUCGUUAAGAACGCCUUUGGCUCUUUUCUGCGCUGCCUGCGGGAAGUCCUACCACGGCCAUUUUCAUGGUCACGCCCCCCUGCGGCCAUCCAGAGGUGGCAAACUAAACGAAACCGCGGGGGGUGCGAAGAUGGAAACACUUGCUUAUCACGAGUUAGGCGUGGUGUUACAUUUCUUCCGCGGCAAUUCCCACCCCCCGCGAUUGUGCUGCUUAUGUUUUGAAAAGUUUAAAAUCCAAAUGUUAAAAGUGCAUGUGGCCACACACUCAUGUAUAGCUCCAUGCAGCAUUAUUUACUUGACAGGAGUGCAACACCAAGUGCAAUUACAUUUUUUUGCUGAGACAAAUAGUGUUUACAUAUUAAACGUUACAUUAUGUAUUUGUAUAGAAUAUUUUCUGUAGUAUAUUUAAAUGUUACACAGUGCAGAAUUGAUUUUAUUACGCAUAAGUCUUCGUAUAUGAAUACUAUAACAAUGAUAAUAUUAAAACAAGUUUUCUUAUAAGAAUGAUUUCUAAAUCCAUAUAAAUGUGAGCUUAAAAUAGGGAAUCAUUAACCUAGAACAUUAAAUAUAGUGUUUAUUUUGUGUGUCUGUAAAGUGGAAUUGUGGCUAAUACACAUAUGGCAGUAUUAAAAGUUUUGUUACAUAUUUAUUUUAUUAAACAUUUGACGACAUAUUUAAAUACACAUUUUUCUGUAUGCAUUAUAAAUCACUGUAUAGCCAACUACUACUCAUGAAAGAUAACAUAAUAAAGCAUUAAGACAGACGCAUUAACAUAAAUAUACUGUAGGGUUCACUAAAGCUAAUUUACAUUUUGCACGUACAGAUGUUUUAAAUAUUUCAAGUUUCAUUCUGUUUUUUUAAAUCAUAUUUUGGAAAUUAUAUAUAUUUAAAUAAGCUUGGAGCAAAAGUGAUACCGUGCACAGCCAAUAUAUUUUUUUCUUAAAAAUGACUUUACGUUGUUGCCAGAACACUAGUAACAAUGCUAAUAAUAAGCCAUCUGCUAUAAUGAACAAGUUUCAAUUCAAAUAAGCCGAAGUAAGUUUAAUGUUAAGGAAAAGGAAGCAUUUAAACAUGACAUAUAUGAAAUAUAAUGUGGCAUAUUUAAAGGCCAUGCUCAUGAUCAAUACAAGUUCAAAUGUAUAACUUAACUCUCAAUGCUUUGGCCCCCAUGCAUACAAAUGUACAUAUUAACUAACUUGCAUGCAUAGUUUGACUGCUUUGGCCCCCCGUAGUGAGGGCCCCUUCUGAUAGGUCCAGAAGGUCCCCGGGGGGAGUUCAUCCUGCUGGGCAAAAGCCUCCCAGCGUAUAAAGCUUCUCCCCUCUGGUCACUUCCAUCUCGACAAUAAGGUAUAAGCCAACAAGGAGGGCAACCACAUGCACUUUUACGCACCGUCAAUGCCUGCGCUAUUUUGUAGCUUUUAAGCCUUUUUAAAAAACAGCGUAACCAUGACACUCUCCAGUGAAUACGAAGCGUCCCCAACGUCUCUGGAGGAGAUCGACAUUGUGGGUGAGGACGAACCGAGCACAACCCGCUACCCCAGCGAUGAUGUAAGCUCCGGGGCCGAGUUCGACUCCUCCGGGGCGGACUCGUCCGCGGAGAGCGAGAGCAGCUUCUGCGCGGACGCACCGACCUCCUCAUCCUCGUCAUCCUCGUCAGUGAAGGCUCAGAGCAGCCUGGUGAAGCCACCGUACUCCUACAUCGCCCUCAUCACCAUGGCCAUCCUGCAGAGCCCCAUGAAGAAGCUCACCCUCAGCGGCAUCUGCGACUUUAUCAGCAACAAGUUCCACUACUACCGGGACAAGUUCCCGGCUUGGCAGAACUCCAUCCGGCACAAUCUGUCCCUCAACGACUGCUUCAUCAAGAUCCCCAGGGAGCCCGGGAACCCGGGGAAGGGCAACUACUGGUCCCUGGAUCCGGCUUCAGAGGACAUGUUCGACAAUGGCAGCUUCCUCAGACGCAGGAAGAGGUUCAAGAGGAACCAAGCAGCGUUCGGGAAAGACGGACUCGUGUUUUACUCUAACUACUGCCGACCUUACGGGCAGCCGUACCCGGUGCCCUUGCAGGUCGUGCCCCUGCAGGAUGGCGUCAUGAUGCCACCGAGGUCGUAUCACUUUGUUUCACAAAGCAGCGGGAAGUGCAGUGGACCCAAAGACUUGCGAACCCAGCUGAGCACGACAGAAGCAGCUCGUCGUGCUGCACAAGCGAAAUGCUCCUUCAGCAUAGACUCCAUUAUGAGCAAACCAGCUCCCUCUAGUGGUGGACACCAGAACACCAUACCUUACCCCCAUUUCAUGUCCAACCCUGCAGCCUGCUUGGUUCCUUCACUCCUGCAGAACCCCAGAACUGCAUUUGGACCUCCCAUGUUGAGCAGUGAACACCUCAGACUUUCAUACCCACAUUGCUGAGAGGCGCUGUUUUCAUUGUGUCGCUAAGAAGACACAAUUUUGGCUCAUUUCUUAAAGAAAUACAAGGACUGCAUGAUAUUUGUGUGCAUUGGCAUGGUAACAAGUGUGAAAGGAAGCAAUGUAAAUAAGAUUUAAUGGUAAUAUAUGAGUGCAAUUGGCUCAAUGUUGCAACAGGCUUCAUGGUGAAUGUUUUUUAAAAAAUAAAUAAAUAUUGUUAAAGAAAAUACACACGUGAUGUUGUCUAGGGAUUUGUUUAGAUCCAGGCUAUUCCUAAAAACACCAGAGCACUCUUGUUUUAUAAAAGAUUUUUGACUUGUGUUUGUUUUUUGUUUUUGUUUUUUGCAGUAUCGAUCCUUAAAAACAGCAGCGUGAUCCUGUCUUAUUGUUUGACAAGCUUUUUUACAGUAUGAUCUUAAAACCAUCAAUUGUUUUGUCAUAUAAAAGGAUCUUUGACUAGUGUUUGUAGUAGGUCCUGAAAAACAGAAGAAGCGCUCCUGCGACAUAGAGGAUCUUUGGUGUUUUUGUAGUAGGUUCUUAAAAACAGCAGAGCAGUGUUGUCAGUAUAGAGGAUCUUUGAUUACUUUCUACAGUAGGUCCUUAAAAACAGCACAGUCAUGUAGAGGAUCUUUGACUCACGUAAACGUAUUGCUUGUGUUGUAAUUCAUGAUGACUUUAUUUAUUACUAUAUGUUUGAACAUCAGUUUUUGCUGCUGAAUAAUGUGUAAAACAUUUAGAUAAAUGUAGGUCUAUAGGUACUUUAUAGUGCAUUUAAUAACCUCAAAUUCAAGUCAAAAUGGACACCCCACACCUCACUUUAUAAGGCUGUAUAACCACGUGACUUGUCCAAGCCAAUUAGCAAAGAAAGGUGAUCAAGUUUUAAUAAAAUGUAAUGAAAAAAAUAA